AUGUCGGCGUCAGAGGAGGAAGGGAAGGGUCACGACAAACACUGUUGUGUACCAUUUUGUAACGGAAAUGGGCGAAUCCAUCCAGAGUUAUCAUUUCACCGGAUACCAAAGGCGCCCGAAAUGAGGAAGGCAUGGAUCCAAGCGAUCAAAAGAGACCCUGGCCCCCUUUUUACUAUAAGUGAUCAAACAGUUGUCUGCUCUCGCCAUUUUAAAAGGGAAGAUAUCAAAUGGACACCAGUGAGGACAACAUUGAAACCUGGAUCUGUCCCCUCGGUUUUCUCCUGGAAGGCAGAUUCCAACACUAGACGCCCAAUUGUGAAACACAUCCUUCCAGAGAAAAUACCGAAGCAGGAUUUUGAGGAUCAUAUUGUGAGACAUGAGGGAAUGGAUUCUACUCCAUCAAUGUUAAUUGAGGAUGGUUCUCCUCCUCCUGAUGAAAUGCAGAAAAAGAUCGAGAGAAUUCAAGAAUUAGAAAGUUUGUUGCAGAAGAAGGAUGAAGAAAUAAAGGCUCUACAGCAGAGGAUUGAGGUUGAACGAUUUGGAAUUCAGCGGUUUUCAAAUGACGAUUCAAUGAUUCAAUUUUACACAGGAUUUGCAACAAUGGCUAUGUUUUUAGCUUUUUUUGAAUAUGUCAAACCUACUGCAACCUGUAUGAAAAGCUAUUAUUAUAAAUCAUGUGAUAAACCUAACCAGCUGGUAAAUGUAGGCAAACAAAGAAGCAUGUUGUUAAUUGACGAGUUGUUCAUGUUCCUAUGCAGGCUGAAAUGUGGUCUAAUGGCACAAGAUUUAGGAGUCAGAUUCAAUUGUCAUGUUUCUACAGUUAGUCGAAAGAUCAUAACAUGGGCAAACUUUCUGUAUUUCAUUUUAGGCAGCAUGAAUAUUUGGCCUAGUAAGGAACAAACUUAUGAAAAAAUGCCCCAGUCCUUCAAAUUGUUUUACCCCUCAACUAGAGUCAUAAUUGACUGCACAGAGAUUAAAACUGAGCGUCCAUCGUCCCUAGCACUUGGAUCAAAAUGUUAUUCAACAUACAAAAGUUCCCACACAUGGAAAGGGCUUGUUGGAAUUGCUCCUCAUGGAGCUCUCACUUUUGUGUCCUCAUUAUACACAGGGUGUAUGUCAGAUGUUGAAAUUACAAAAUUAUCUGGUCUCCUUGAUCUUCUGGAAGAAGGUGAUUCAAUUAUGGCCGAUAAAGGGUUUGUGCUGAACAAAGUAUUAGAAGGUACAGGUAUUUCUGUCAAUGCCCCACCCUUUCUUCUCAGCCAAGGUCAGUUUUCAAAGCAGGAAGUAGAGCAAACACAAAUUAUUGCAAAGCUUAGAAUACAUAUUGAACGACAUAUCCGGAGGGUCAAAGAAUACCAUCUCUUUGAUGGUGUCAUCCCAUUGAGUAUGACUGGUACAAUAAAUCAGAUUUGGACUGUUGCCAAUAUGCUGACUCUGUUCAGAGGUCCUCUUGUGAAAGAUUGGUGUAAAUAA